AUGCCGCAGCAAUUACAUGAAGUAACCGAAGCCGACAUUCAAGCGUGCUUAACAAGCAGCUACGAUGGUAACGAGCAAUACUCGGUGCUUCCUUCGAUCGAAGAUGUUUUCGAGCCAUAUAUCAGUAGCGAGCCUGGCGAAGACAUCACUGCAGUUGUGUCGUCAACGGUCGGUACCUCCGCUUCGAAUAUAUCCAAGCAGCGUUGUUCUUCGUACGAUUCUCAAGCUACACUACCAUUAUCGACGCCUUGCCCGUCGGACGAAGAAAGAGAUCUUCCUGUUAUGCUUUGCAGUCCUGCAAGGACGAAUCACCACUUCAACGUUGGCAAUACCGUACCCACGCCACAAGUACGAAGGACUCUGGACUUCGGUAUGCCAGCCUUUCGCCACACCAAUGACAUUGUACAACAAGUCUCUGAGCCUAGCGACUUCACUUCGCUGGCAGCACUGCGAAGACUUGAACGAGACCCUCCCCACCACUGGCAUGAAGACGAACGAGAACUAUUGACCAUCCUCUAUCGAUGGUACGAAGACACAUAUGUGGCAACCAUUCCGAAGGUCUUCAAUGCUAUCACCGGCCUCAACCUCAGGCUCAAUGUCAUUCGAUACCAAUUCGAGAGCCAUCUAAUCUUGUAUGGUGGCCGCGCAUACCCCGAGUUCGAUCGUGUGAUGAGAGUCCCAUUCCACGACCCGGAAGACAAGUACGACGAGAUCCACGCAAUUAUCGAGGACACUGCCUUGGAUUCUGGCAUCGAAUUAUCAAGACGCACACACGAGGUGAAAAUUGAGUCUGGCUUGGCGAGAACUGCAAAGUCUCCCAAGACGAGGAAACAUUACAAAUCCUUGGUUAGACGUGCGCUGAAGAGGGAGAAGGAGAGAGCACGCGCCAUUUUCACGCCAGCUCGGGAAGAUUUACCACUGCAGGAUCUACAGCUCGGCGGGAUGACAUUAGCUGAGCAAGAUAAUGAGGAAACAUGGUCAGACGUUGACGGUUAUCAUACACCGCCCAUCACACCUACACAGCCAACACUCCGGACUCCACCCGGCAGGAAUACGAUUGGAUUUCGCGUUUGGGAUGCCAACAGCCGGACCAUGUUCGACGACGAGACAGGCUUCGUGAGCCAAGUCUUCUCAAUUUGGAGGGGCGAGUUCCUGCCGCCUUUCUCUCCAGAUGGACAAGGUCAACAGGCUAUCAUGCUCUUGACGAAUCUCCAUUUGUCAAUGAGCGGCGGCGCAUCGGCCUUUGUUUCAGUAUCUACGAGUCUCUUGCAGGCACUGGUCAAGGCCUCAACAAUGUUUGAGCCCAGAAUCGCCGUCAAGCGCAUGGUUUGGGCUUCCGUGCCAGCUGCAGCUGUGCUGUCACACUUCCCGCUUUCCGACCUUACUGUUUUGUCACGCCACAACCAAGCUUGCGACGAUAUCCUCAACUUGCGGGACAUACAAUCAGGUCGAAAGACACAAUACGUCUCCUCACUCUUGCGCGACAGGAACACCUUCAUGAACAUCCGCACGGCACGAGCUAUGGCUGUAGUAUGCCGGGCCUUCAAGAUGCACCGUGUCGGCGUCAGCCUUGCGCACAUUCAAGGACUAGUCUCAUCGUUGGUGGAUUCGUUCCAGCUGAAGCACGUCACAAACGAUACACCUCGCAUGUCUAUGAUGAUGGCCAAAGCGUUUGCCGUGUCUCUCGUGUCGCAAGCUCAUCUGGACCCUGAUGUUGAGACCGCUUUUCAGGAAGGCGUUCAGCAAGGCACUGUUAGUAAUAUCCGUGUACAGACUAUUGUGAAGCAUUUACUGACUCCAUACAUCGACUUUUAG